AUGCGCAGUAUAAAAAAAGCCAUCCCGCUCGACGCCCAAACGCCCGUCUUCGCCGUCAAGCUCAUCCACAAGGGCUACGCCGUCCGCAAUGGCCGCGUCUCCGCCAAACAGCUCGCCAUGGAGGUCUCCUUGCACGCCCACAUCGGUCAGCACCCCCACGUCAUCGAGUGGUUCGCUUCCGGCGAGGACGCCGCCUGGCGCUGGAUCGCCAUGGAGUACGCCGAGGGUGGUGACCUCUUCGACAAGAUCGAGGCCGACGUUGGCGUCCGCCAGGACGUAGCCCAGGCGUACUUCCUCCAGCUCGUCGGCGGCGUCAGCUUCAUGCACUCCAAGGGCGUCGCACACCGCGACCUCAAGCCCGAGAACGUCCUCCUCUCUGCUGACGGCGCCCUCAAGCUUGCCGACUUUGGCAUGGCCACCAUGUUCGAGUAUAAGGGCCAGCGCAAGCUCAGCGCCACCCUCUGCGGCAGCCCCCCCUACAUUGCCCCCGAAAUUCUCGCCUGCGGCCGCCCCGACAGCAAGUCUGCCGCGGCUGCUACAGCCACAAAGUACGCCCCAGACCGUGUCGACGUCUGGUCCUGCGGCGUCGUCCUCUUUGUCCUGCUCGUCGGCAACACUCCCUGGGACGAGCCCUCCCCCAACAGCUGGGAGUUCACCGAAUACGUAAAAUCCGGCGGCCACAGCACCGAUGCCUUGUGGGAGCGAGUCCCGUCCGAAGCCUUGUCUUUGCUACGUGGUAUGAUGUGUGUCGACACAGAAAAGCGCUUCAGCUUUGCGCAGGUUCGCCAACAUCCCUGGUACACGCGGCACAACCCACUGCUCACCAGCGAUGGCCGCGUCGCCGAUCCCAUCCACCUCGCCACUCAGAUGCUCGAGAAUCUCCGCGUCGACCUCUCAAGACAGUCCCCGUUGUCGCAGGGUGGCCCGUCGUCCAUGCCCGACGACAUGGCCGUUGACUCGGGUAUGAAUGCCGGUCGCUUCGCCGCAACCCAGCCCGACGUGCCUAUAGUCGAUACCGAUUGGGAUUUCGAGCGCCCCGCCCUCCGGUCCAUGGCCGUACCGUCCGCCUCGCUGCCGCCACGGGCCGGCGACGGACGGCGUGUCAUGCUCGAAGCACUGGCCGACGAGCCCUCCAUGUCACAGUUCUCCCAGGCGCCCGGCCCGUCCAUGACGUUGACCCAGCAAGCCCGCCAGUUCCGCGACAUCUGCCCCGCCGAGUCGCUCACGCGCUUCUUCUCACAUGUCCCACCCGCGCACCUGGUCCAGAUGCUCAGCGACGCACUGCACCAGCUCAACGUGCCUCUCGUCCCCGUCACGCCCAACCUCUACGCCUACUCGGUCGCCACAAUCAAGGUCCGCGCUGUCGACGGCCGCAACCAGAGCCUGCACGGCGAGAUCCAGGUCCACCGGCAGGCCCUACCCGACGGGAGCGAGGUGCUCGACGUCCGCUUCACAAAGGUCAAGGGCGAUCCGCUCGAGUGGCGCCGCUUCUUCAAGAAGGUGGUCGUGCUCUGCAAGGAUGGCGUGUACGUCCCGGAUGCCUAG